UCCCAGUCCGCCCUGCUGGAGCCAGAUAGUUACGGCCGGUGGAGGAGUCCCCGGAGCUUGGACCACUCCCUGGGAAGAUGAGCAGCAGGCGUUUGGGAGCGGCGGGAGUGUUGGCGGCCGGUCUGCUGUGAGAGCCUCCUUCUGCCCGGGAAGGCCGUGGACUAUCCAGGCGAAUCGGCGCGUACUUGCCCACGGAAAGCCAUGUCGGGACCCGAAACUCACCACGGCCACAGCCGGAGGCUGCCCUCUGAGAUUGAAAAUGGGCAGCGAGGGCUGGACCCUGAGCAGAUGCAACAACAGCAACUUAAACUUUGGGAAAGGCAAAGAUUCUUUGAAGAAGUUUUCCAGCAUGAUGUUGAUUUCUUCUUCCCAGUAUCACACCUGCAGAUAGAACACAGGAGACCUCCCCUAGGUAGCAUUUCUUCCAUGGAGGUCAAUGUGGACAUGCUGGAACAGAUGGACAUGUUGGAUCUCUCUGACCAAGACACUGUUGAUGUAUUUCUUAGCUGUGGGACCGAGGACAACAACAAUGUAACUACCCUAUUGCCAGAUUCAAAUCCUUUCCAGGAAGAUAUUUCUCUGCAAGUGCCCAAUACAGUUGAGGUCAAAUCACGAAUUUCGUCCACUUCAUCUGCCUCUACAGACCUGAAUAGCCUGGACACCAGUGAAGAAGGAGCUGAGACUCCUGUGGUGCAGUCAGAUGAGGAAGAAUUGGAGCAAGAUGGGUCUGAAGAACAGGAGACCAAGAGCUAGCGAGAUUUUCCAUCCAUCGUGCUAUAACGGACCCUGCUAGCAUGAGAUUAUGAACAUGACUGGAUUGCUCUGAUUCCCACUGUGUAAAACCCACAGAAACUCCCUGUCCAAUUGUUGUACUUGGGGAAGAUUCAAGAUUAUCUUUCCUCCUGCAGGAUGGUCAAUGCAUGGAUAAGGCAACAGAAGAGGGAGAAUAGGGUGAGGCAUGGGUGCUACAGAAUUAAAAUAGAAUUUAACUCUCCAUCUUUUUACGCAUAUAGUAAUGCUUCUGCUUCCCUCACAUGGGGACUCAGUUUGUUACAAGGCUACAAAGAUUUAAAACAAGGCCUUUGUGCAAACUGACAGGCUCCCUAAUCCUAACACAUAUAUACACACGAACAUGAAUGCAGCAUGUCUUUAAUUGUAACAUAAUAGAAAAUUACAUUCCUUUGAAGCAAGCAGCUGAGAUGACAUGUGUUACUGGGAAAGGAACAACAUGGAUAGGACAGAUGGAGAAAGAAUGGCUGAAAGGUGGUGGGACUAAAAUAAUUUGAAAGGUUCCUGGAACGAAUCAGAUUUUUAUUAACUUUUUCAUUUGUCUGAUUUUAACAUCCUUAUAUUGCAAAUGAACGGCACGUACCACAAAGCACAGGAAGAGCUCUGGAGGAAGGAAAUGGAAAAGCUACACAGUCAGGACAGUCCUUGGAAAAACUUCCUUUGAACCUCCGUACUGAAUACCUCAGUAGCAAAGUGAACUUUAAUUGAGCUCCCAUACGUUUUAAAGCAGCCCAAUUAUCUCUAAGAUGAAAACAUCUUCUCCAUUUCCCCUGAUAGUUCUUUUGUUUGAUGGGAAAGAAAUGGCUCUCACAUCUGUUUCCAAGGGAGAAGAACAUUUUGUAGAUUUCUCGUAACUGUGGUGCUGUGUCUAAUAUUUACAGUACCUUAGUUGCAAAGUGCCUGAAAGGUACUUGUGUGUGCUCUUCCUUUCAUUCCACAGUCAUAGUCCCACUCUCUGGUAUCCCAGCCAUCAAUUGUAUUGAUGAAGGUCAAAUCAGAGAAAGACUGACAAAGAAAACUCCUUCCAUAGACCGUUUUCAGAUUAAGAAGAAGGGGUAGUCAAAAAUGCUGUGGAAUGAUGCAGAUACAGAUUAUAGGGGACAAAAGGAACUACUGACUGCCUCUUUAUAAAUUUAAUUACACUGAUGGAAUAUUUGUAGCUCAAGAUUGAACUGUGGGGUCCUUAGUGCUCUCUGAGCUUGGUGGU